AGCCAGGGCCCGUCGCCCUCCUCUCCGCCCCCGCGCCAGGGGGCGCAGCUCCACCCAGCCCCGAGGUGGAGCGCCGCGCCGGGGACCACCGUCCCUCCUCCCGCUCGCUCCCACCUCCCCGCUUCCGUCUUCCUCCCCCGCGCCAGGGGGCGCCUCUCUGCGCAGGGCCCCGCGGCGGAGCUGCGCGUCCCGGAGACCCCCGCGCCCCGGCGCCCGCACCGUCCCGCGCCCGCGGUCCUUGCCCCGCGUCUUCACCACAGCGUUUCUCUGUGGGGCGGGACCCUCCCAUCUCAGAGGUUCUCCGGGGACCCGCGUCCCAGCUCAGGGUGCUGCCCGCCGCCGCCACAGGGCCCGCAGCUCAUUGCCCGCUCCCACUCCGCACACUGGCCGGCGGCCGGGCCGGGACUGCGCACCUGCGCCCUGGGGCGGAGUCCCUCCCCCAGCCCCAGCUUCACUGCACACAGCCGCGCUCGGACAGGCCGCCUCCCCCUCUCCAUCCCUGGACACCUGGCGGAGCCCGCGCUGACAGCCUCCUCCAGCUUCCAUCUG